GACCUGCUUCAUAUGUGCAGUGAACGUACGCCUCCCAUCGCUCCGACAUGAAACCAUUGCUCGUCGUUUUGGCCUAUGUUGAGUCUUUACCUCUGGCGCAAACGUUCUCUGCGACGUCGGGCAUCAAGAUAGCAUCAGCAGGAGUUACACCUCCUCCAACAACUUCAUCAUUCAGCAGUAGUUACAGCAGUAGAUCGUGGGGGACCGCAGCAACAACUGCCGUACAACAACCCGCCGCUGCUGCACCGCGGUUGACACCGGUGCGUCCGCGCACAGCGCUUGGUGCGGCCAAGCUCGCAGUGGAUGUGGGAGACGUGAGGCGCGGCUUGUCGUCUGCGCGAGAACGUCUGGGGAAGAACCGGCAGCUCUUUGACGAGGCUAAGCUUGAGGGGGAGCUGGAGUACCUUGAGGGGGUGAGCUCGGAGGCCGAGUUUUGGAACGAUGCUAACUCGGCACGGAAGACACUUGGGGACUUGAACAGGUUGAAGUUGCAGUUGGACCGAUUGCAUCGGUGGCGGGGAUGGGAGGCAGACGCGGAGACGGUUAUCGAGCUCUGCGGGGAGGAAGAGGGGGGCGACGAAGAAACCGUCGCGAUGCUGGAUGAGGCAAUGGAGGCGUUACAGCUCCUCCAGCGGGACUUGGACGCGUGGGAACUGCAGCAGUUGCUGUCGGGCAAGUACGACAACUGCGGCUGCAGGCUGACUAUCAUGGCCGGCGCGGGGGGAACGGAGGCCCAAGACUGGGCGGAGAUGCUGCAGCGAAUGUACAUCCGGUUCUUCCAGAGGAGGGGCUUCAAGUACAAGAUGGUCGAGGAAGAGUCGGGGGAAGUAGCGGGCAUCAAGAGCUGCGAGAUGCAGGUGGAGGGAGACUUCGCUUACGGUUACCUGGCCGGCGAGAAGGGGACCCACAGACUGGUCCGGCAGUCCCCUUUCAACGCGCAGGCGAAGCGACAGACCAGCUUCGCGGGAGUGGAGUCGUUUCCGAUCAUCGAGCAAGACGACUUAUCUGAUCUCGUCGUUCCGGAGGGAGAGCUGGAGGUUAGCACCAUGCGAUCAGGGGGGUCGGGGGGGCAGAACGUGAACAAGGUGGAGACCGGGGUGAGGAUGAAGCACAUCCCCACGGGGAUCGCGGUCAGGUGCACGCAGGAGAGGUCGCAGAUGCUCAACAAGGAGCUGGCGCUCAACAUGCUCAAGGAGAAGCUGGUGGUUGUGAUGCAAGAGCAGCAGACCAGGGAUCUCGCCGAGAUCAGAGGGGACAUGGUGGAGGCGAGCUGGGGGCAACAGAUCCGCAACUACGUCUUCCACCCCUACAAGCUUGUCAAGGACACGCGCACGGGAGCGGAGACCGUGCAAGUGCAGGACGUCAUGGACGGGGAUCUAGAUGCCCUGAUCGAGGCGUACCUUCGGCAUGCCAGGGGGCUCGUGGGCGCCGAGGAAGUCGGCCGAGAAAAGGGCCACGUGCCGCCCCCGAGACUCAAGGAUAACGGGGUGCAGCGACAAGGCGAGCGGGAUGCCUUUGGAGCAAGAACUGAGCGAUUUUCAAAACUCACGAACGAUGUACCUCCGCCUGGAGCGUACUACCGGCGGUCAACCCUUGAAAGGGACGGGAAGGUCUGUGGCUCGGUCUCCGCCAAGGGUUACGGGACUGGUUUCGUUUCCAAUGCACCGCGCUUCAAAGACUUGAACACGCUUCAGCAGGCCUACCUUCCCGGCCCUGGAUCGUACACGGCGGAGGAUGUGCAGGAAGGAACCAAACUGACGUCGUUUUCGAGCUUGAAAAGGGAUCUUGGGAUCGUCCCUGGCCCAGGCGAGUACAACAUUGACCGCGGCAACAGAAACAACACCACCAACAAAAAUCGAGCUGGCGCACCGAAUCCAACGUCCUCGUUCCUCUGCGCAAGAACGCCCCUAAACGUCGGCACCCACCUGGAGACACCGGCGCCGGGCACCUACGAGCUGCUCCCCACGCAGCAAUCACAUGUCGACAAGAGCGGGAACGCCCUCAAAGACCCGUUCUUCAGGUCACAGACCAGAAGAAACGCCUCUUUUAUUGCCGCAAGCGAUGUCCCCGGGCCCGGGGAGUACGACGUAGAUAGAGGCGUGGCCAACUCGACCGAGGCGCUUGGGUCGGGAGGGGGCAGGGGUAGCGGGGCAGGUGGACGGCCUAGUCAACAGCUUCGCGGGGGCGGCGGCGGACGCGUUAAGGAGGAGGAAGAGGUGACCCCGGGACCUGGCUGGUACACGCCGCACCAAACAAAGCCGCCGGAGAGGUUUUUGUCUUCUUCCAGCAUGUUUCGCUCGGCGACGAAACGGUUUGCGGGGACUGGGCCGCCGGGGGCGCCGGGACCGGCGUUUUACCAGCCGGAGCCUUUGGGGAAAAAAUCGUUCCGUUGGAAUGCGACCAAGCAAUGGGUUUGA